AUGCGUGUAGCAGGGCGAAUUAUGCUUAUUGGCAUUAUUAUUACAGUGAUUUCAGCUCUUUUUUGUGUCAUCGGUUUAUCUACAAAAGGAUGGUCCAGUGUUGGUGGUGUUAGUUUAUUCUGCAAUGGAUGUUCAAAAUCACCAGCUGCUCUUUCUGUUAUUUCAUUUAUUCUUCUGAUUGUAACUAUUGUUGCUCUUGUCUUACAAAUGUUCGAUAUUUUAACUGGUCCUCUUCAAUUAGUACCAAUUACUUUAUUAUUCAUCGCAACUAUUUUUUUAUUAGGAACACUUGCAUCCAUUGCAGAAGGCUCAUUAGGUUACUCGUUUGAUCUAAUGGUAGUAGCUCAUUUCGGUUCAUAUCUAGCUUUAGCUAUAAUAGCAUAUUGGCUUGGUCAAUCAAAUGCAGGAUCGAGUUAA